AUGAUUGACAUUGAUGAAGUCAGCUUGCCGGUGCUCAUCGCUGGCUUUGUCGGUUUCGUCACAGUUAUGGGAGGAUUCAUUAUAUAUGUGGCAAAACAAGAGAAGAAAGGAGAACAGGAGGAAAUUGAUGUUGUGAUGGACGAAGUCACCGAAACCGUGAUCAGCGAGGAGCCAGGAAAGAAGAGCAAGCAUCAAAGGAAGAAUGAUCAGUGGAAGACAAAAGAUCCGUCUUUCUCACAUGCAUGGAAUGUAUCUGUCUUGAAAGGACAUACAAAGGAUGUGACGGAUAUUGCGUUUGCCUCGGACGGAAAGAAGUUCGUUUCGAUUUCAGGAGAUCGCACAGUGUUUCUUUGGGAUGUGAGAGAUUUCGAGAACAAGGAGCAUAAGUCAGUUCGGCAGACUCUGGAUUAUGACACUCCGACGCGGGUUGUGUUCGCUCCGGAUUGCAAAAGCGUUGUUUUCAGUGUGAAGCGCGAUAACAAUAUCUGCGUCUAUAGGCUGGUAAAGAAGGCGGAAGGAUCUGGAUCGCACCAUUUUGCGCAUAUCGAAAAUCUCCAAUUUGAACGAGUUCAUCAAGUCGACAUUCAAAAUAUCGGAAUAGCAGGAAAUGCCAAAUAUUUGAUGAGCGCAGCUCUGGACAACAAAAUCUGCUUGUAUGAUCUUCAUGGUCAUCUUCUAAAAUCGAUCGACGCCAAAGUGAGCAGUUUGCACGAUUGCCGUCUUUCUCCAGAUGGCCGGUUUAUCAUCGCAUCCGGAUUCACACCCGAUGUUUUCGUGUUCGAACCAGUGUUUUCUAGAGAUGGAGUUUUCCAAAGUGCGAAAAAAGUAUUCGCACUCAGUGGACAACAGUCAGGUGUUCUCGGUGCUGCUUUCAAUGCUACUUCAACUCGUGCAGUGACAAUCUCAAGAGACGGAAAGUGGAGAAUUUUCGACACAGACAUUCGCUAUGAGGCCGGGCAAGAUGCCAAGAUAAUUAGAGAGGGAAGCUGGGAGCCAUUGCGAGGAGCAACAAGCGAAAAGGUGAAAUUAGAAAUGAGUCCAAGUGGUGACUCGUUUGCCGUCUCCUUCACAACUGACCUCAAAGUGUUCUCUUCGGAGGACGAAACAAAGGAUUAUCCAGAAUUAAAAUACAUUUGCUCUACGACUAUCAGCUCUAUCGCCUACUCCUCUGACGGAAAAUACAUCGCAACCUGUGGCGACAAAUACGUUCGUAUUAUCAGAAACGUUCCAGAGUGGCAUAGUCGAGUUGUGAAGCUGACUCGAGAACUUCCGGAGACCACACAGGAAGGAGCAAGACGUCGUAUCAAGGAGCAGAUUGAAGAAGCUCAACAACUUCUGAAGCAAUUCGACAUUUAG